GGUCUUUUGGUCUGUGCUUGACGUGCUGCCGUAACGUGGUCGACCGCAUUCCCAUUGCUCUGCGUCAUGAGGGUCUCAUCGAAUGGGGUGAUGCCUGUGAUCUUUGCGUGUAUUUGUGGUGUGGUGGUGGCCUUCUCGUUAAAGCGAAAGAGGGUUCGCAAGUUGAACUGGAAGAGCCGCAUCAGCGUCAAGAAGAUAUCGCCAACAUCGGACUUAGGUCAGGCCUUUGGGAUUGAUAUUGGUGGAACGCUGUCCAAGAUUGUGUACUUUGAACAAACGCAGCCGAACGCUCGCCGCCCCCGCGCAAUGUCCCAUGUCGUCGCAGCAGACGAGAUGGCUCGCUUUGUCAAGGAGCGCGAUUUCUACGGCAGCACGGGUGUGCGCGACACCCGCCUGAGCGUCACGUCGGACAGUUUGGGAGGCACGUUGCACUUCAUCCACUUUGAAACGAGAAAGAUGGAAGGUGCGAUCGCAACAGUGUCUGGUCACGGGUUGAACCAGUCGUUGCGAGUGCUUUCUUGCACGGGAGGGGGCGCCCACAAGUACGCGGAUCUGUUUCAGUCUUUGGCGGGUAUUCAAAUCAAAAAGGAGGACGAAAUCAAAUGCAUGGUCAAGGGCCUCAACUUUCUCCUCAACUUGUUUCCGUACGAAGUCUACACGUUUGUGAACGUGGAUUUCAGAUCGUUGUCGGCGACCCGUGUGAGUUUGGUGCGUGAAAACAAGGCCGAAGAUAUUUUCCCCUACAUCUUGGUCAGCAUCGGAUCUGGCGUGAGCGUCCUUCACGUGACCGGCCCACAUACCUUCACUCGCGUGAGCGGAAGCAGCAUCGGCGGAGGCACGUAUUGGGGCCUCUGCCGCUUGCUAUUUGAAUGCCAAACGUACGACGAAGCAUUGGAUUUGUGUGUGAACGGUCGCAAUGCGUCAGUGGACAUGAGUGUCGGCGACAUCUACGGAGGUGCCUACGAAAAAUUCAAUUUGCCAGCGACCACGGUGGCCAGUAGUUUUGGCAAAAUGAUUUCCGUGGGUCGGUCCGAAGUAUCGGAUGCGGACAUUGCCCGAGCGUUGCUGAUCAUGACGACGCAAAACAUUGGCCUGAUCGCAUACCUGAACGCGUGCAUCUACAACACGAAGCGCAUUUUUUUCGUGGGAAACUUUCUGCGCCACAACAAAAUCUCGUGCCGGACCCUGGCGUACGCGAUCGACUUUUGGUCCAAGGGCGAGAUGAAGGCGCAUUUUUGCCGACAUGAAGGUUACUUGGGGGCUCUCGGUGCAUUUUUGGCCAACACCAACAGCACCCAAAUGGGCGAAUAGACCUUUUGUUCAUCAAUGCAUCGUCCGUUGAUGUACCUUUGCCACCCGCU